AUGUUGUGUAGAAUGGUGGUGGUGACCGGACGGAAGAAGAAACCCGGUUCGGUUCCGGUUUAUCUGAAUGUAUACGAUCUCACACCCAUCAAUGGUUAUGCUUACUGGUUAGGUCUCGGGAUCUACCACUCUGGUGUUGAAGUUCAUGGGGUUGAGUAUGGUUUUGGAGCUCACGAGCAUUCAACUACUGGGAUUUUCGAGGUGGAACCAAAGCAAUGUCCAGGUUUCACAUUCAGGAAGUCUAUUUUGAUCGGAAGAACGGAUUUGGAUCCUGAAAAAGUUCGUGCAUUUAUGGAGAAACUUGCGGAAGAGUAUUGUGGAAACACUUACCACCUGAUCACAAAGAAUUGCAAUCACUUUUGCAAUGAUGUUUGUGUUCAACUGACCCGAAGAUCUAUCCCUAAUUGGGUUAACCGUCUAGCUCGCUUCGGUUUGUUCUGCAACUGUGUUUUGCCGGCGGAACUGAACGAGACAAAGGUGAGGCAGGUGAGAUCAGAGGAGGAGAAGAUUCCUGAAGCAGAAAAGAAGAAACUCCGGAGUAGAUCAAGUAGAUUUCCACCUAGUCCUUCGUUUUCUUCAUCGGGUUCUUUGAACCGAAACAGAAGAGGGGAAAGGAGAAGACAAUGUUUUUCUCCAUCACCAACUGUGAGUGUCUAG